GGCAGUUUAACAGCUAACCUGUAUAAAUAAAUAAAUUAACGGAUAAAUCUAUCACAAACACACUGUAACAAAAUGGCGAGAAGGAAAGAGGCGGUCCUCCAAGUCGAGAUAGAGGACGAGGAGGAUUGGGCACAAUUGUUGGAAAAAAAGGGUUUGAUACUCGCCGACGUUUUCUCGUCGUGGUGCGGCCCGUGCAUCGCGAUGGUGAGCAUGCUUCGAAGCGUGAAAAUGGAAGUUGGUGAGGCGAUCAGCUACGCGAUCGUGAAGAACGAUCACAUCAGCGAUCUCGAACGAUUCCGCGAAAGAAGCGAGCCGGUCUGGAUGUUCCUCGAAAAUGGUCAAAUGGUCAAUUUGAUGUUCGGCGCCAACUGUCCCCAGCUUCGAAAACUGAUAAUGUCCGAGAUCAAACGUGUCGAGUACAAGGAAGAGCCGGAAAUGCAGCAACCUGUCAGCACUAGGACCGCGGAGGAAGAGGUUGCGUGGCAGGAGAAGGAGGCCAUCAGAAAAGCAAUCGAGGAACGCGAACGUGCCAAGGAGGAGGCCGAGCGGCUUGAGAAGUACGAGGCGUUCUUGGCUCAGAUGAUAUUCGAGCUGAGCGAGUUCACCGCCCUGGUUUUCUAUCCGUGGGUGUUCAAAGACGAGCAGGGACGGCACAGGGACAAGUAUCAGUGCCCUCCGUAUCUUGAAUUGGUCAAUACACUGUUCAAACAGAACUACGACGUGCUAGAGGAGAUGCGAAUACAGUUAACCGAGGAAAUAAUCGAGAAGAUGUUCGUCGAGAGCAACGAGGAGAUUACCAAGGCUAUUGUAGCAGGAUUGACCGAUGGUAGAACGAUAGCGAUGAGACUGAAAGGUAGACGGCCUCAUCCCGAUUGGCCCGUGGCCUUUCCCUUCGAGUGCCCUAAGGGGGUUAAAAGGUGCCCUACACGAGAGAUCAACGAUGUAGAGAAUUAUCUGAUACAUUUGUUAACCAGCAAAGAGCCACUGCUUCAGGGUAAUGCUGUUCCUUUCAAUACAACUGAUUCCUACAUGGAGAGGCACGUGUACGUUCACGAGCCUGAUCCUGAGGACGAGGAGGAUUUUCCUCGCACCCAUCCCGCUGUUUGGGUACCCCCUCAGGCCCGAAGCAAAGUGCACGUGUACACAAGCCUCUUCGCCAGUUAUAUGGAAUUGGUCCAUCCUUACGAGGAACCUGUACCGCCUCCUCCAUUCUGCGCCUUCAAAUUCUAUUAUUCAAAGUUCCCCAUUCUUAGUGAGACGUGUGCCCUUUUCCCGGACGCUAUCGAAUAUUUUGGUGCAUUCGAAUUCGAUGCUCCGCCAAUCGCAAGGCGAAUAGCAUCGUCCCCUGAAGACUUCGAGAGAAAGUCAAAAUAUUCAACUGGGAACGAGAUAUUCGUGAUAAUUCUCCGGCGGGUGAGCGAAGAUGCUUUCCUGUCAUUUGCCAGCAUUGAGCCGUACUUCAUCACGGAGGAUCAUGAAAAGGCAGAAGCGAUGAUAGACGAAUACUUCCCUGAGGGUGCUGAAGACGCGAUCCUCGAGUUAUACUUCGAAGAAGAGAUCGAAGAGGAAGAAGCAUAUUAUGAAGAAGAAGAAGAAGAGCAUGACAUAGAGAUUCGAAAAGAAGAAGUAUUUGCUACCUAUGAGUUUACGUGAAUUUGUAAUAAAUAGUUUAAAGAAAAACUGAUGCAUCUCGAGACAGAUAUAUUUUAAGGAUAAUAUUUUCACAGAUCUUCUAGCAUUAAUAAUCGAUUAUAUCAUGGUAUAAAAUGCAACGAAUGAUAUGAGCGGCAGCUACAAAAUAGCACGAGAUUAGCGGAAAAUCAGCCGCUACCAGAGCGAAUAAAUUGAAUCGCGCUGAUCGAAUUAACGAGGUAAUUUGUCACGCGACCGAUGCGAGAAAUUCACGCGUGAACAACACGCUCUCUCUUGUUCCUUCUAUCCUCGCUAAAUUUUGCCAAGCGAGCCGAACAAUUGAACCAUUAACCGAGGAGACGUUAGUCAUUCAGCUACUCAAUCUUCCAGCUCAAUCGGCCAUUUUCAUCCAUAUUUUAGAGAUAUUAUUCAUCUCGGAGGAACUUAAAAGGAACGAGAUAAUUUUUUGAAUCAUAUCAUUUAAAUCUUGGAAGGUAAUAGAUUUUUUUUUUGGAAUUU